AGCCUGUAACGUGUAUGAGCGUGGUUGGUGUCUGGCAGCACAGUAUCUCGCUAAACCUCCCGGCCGAAGCUCCGGGGUCGGUGCGCGCUAGCUGGCGAUCGACCCUGAGCUGAGCGCUCGUACGUGACCUGUAACUGCGUUGCUCAUGCAUGCGAUCUCCAUCCCGCAAUUUCAGUAGGCCUACAAAAUUAGGAACAUGGCGUCUGCUGGGCAACAAGGUCAGUACGAUGCGACAGCUGGGGAUGAAAAUGCAUCUGAGGAAUCGGCAAUCAUGUUCCCAGGAGGAAGAGCAAAAAAUUCAGAUGCGAUGUAUGCGAUCAGAGGCCAACAAAUUGGUCCUUCUCGUCAACAGUCGGCGAAGGCUAAACCACCCAUUCAUGUGGGAGCUGUGAAGGGUCUGCUUGCUGUCGUUAUUCUCUUUCUUGCCUGUUUAGCAGCUUUUUCUUCACGUCUGUUUGCUGUUAUCCGCUUCGAAAGCAUCAUCCACGAGUUUGAUCCAUGGUUCAAUUACCGCUCAACACAUUAUUUGGUAACCCAUGGCUUCUAUAACUUCUUGAACUGGUUUGAUGAAAGAGCAUGGUCUCCUCUUGGAAGGAUUGUUGGGGGCACAGUGUACCCAGGCUUAAUGGUGACAUCAGGAACUAUUCAUAAUAUUCUUCAUGCUCUCAACAUACCAGUACAUAUUAGAGAUGUCUGUGUGUUUCUAGCACCACUUUUCAGUGGGCUCACAGCACUAGCAGCAUAUGGCUUAACAUCUGAGCUUUGGGAUACAAGUGCUGGUUUAUUGGCAGCAUGUUUCAUUGCUAUUGUUCCGGGUUACAUAUCUCGAUCAGUUGCCGGGUCAUAUGACAAUGAAGGAAUUGCCAUAUUUGCUCUGCUUUUCACCUACUAUCUAUGGUUGAAGGCAGUAAAGACGGGUUCUGUAGCUUGGGCUUCUGCUACAGCGCUUUCAUACUUCUAUAUGGUAUCAGCAUGGGGAGGUUAUGUAUUCAUUAUCAACCUCAUCCCUCUCCAUGUAUGUGUCCUAUUGCUUAUGGGACGUUUCUCAAAUCGUAUCUAUGUUGCAUUCUGUACAUUUUACAUUUUGGGAACACUGAUGUCUAUGCAGGUGCCAUUUGUAGGAUUUCAGCCUGUACGAACCAGUGAACAUAUGGCGGCUGCAGGUACCUUUGUCCUGCUACAAGCCUUUGCCUUCCUGAGAUAUAUUCAAGAUUUCUUGACCAAGCAGGAAUUUCGCUCUCUGUUCUUCUUUGGGGUGCUCGGUACAGCAGGAAUCACUUUCUUGGGGGUAGUAUUCUUAACUUAUGCAGGUUAUGUUGCACCCUGGAGUGGUAGAUUCUAUUCACUGUAUGAUACUGGCUAUGCAAAGAUUCACAUUCCAAUUAUUGCCUCAGUAUCUGAGCAUCAGCCAACAACGUGGGUGUCCUUCUUCUUUGACCUUCAUAUCUUGGUCUGUACAUUCCCAGCUGGACUCUGGUUUGUCAUAAAGGAUAUCAAUGAUGAGAGAGUCUUCAUUGCCUUGUAUGCCUUGAGUGCGGUAUAUUUUGCCGGUGUGAUGGUCCGAUUGAUGCUGACUCUGACUCCAGUGGUAUGCAUCCUCGCUGCCAUAGCAAUCAGCAAGACUCUCAAUGAAUACUUGGUGGAUGAACUCCCCAAGAAAUCCAUGUCAGGGGAUGAAGAAGAUGAGGAAGAUGAAGAGGAUGCUGAUCGCAAGAACAGGAAAUAUUAUGAUAAGGCUGGUAAAGUGCGACGAAUCAAGACAGACAAGGGUAAAGAUGACGAGGGUAUGGGAGGUAACCUAAAAGGAUUCGUUGUGGUAGCUAUCAUCAUGACUCUCAUGUUAUUCUCUGUUCAUUGUACAUGGGUUACCAGUAAUGCCUACUCCAGCCCUAGUAUAGUGCUUGCUUCCCACAAUCAAGAUGGGUCUCGUGUCAUUCUUGAUGACUUCCGUGAGGCGUAUUAUUGGUUACGUAAGAACACUGAUGAUCAUGCCCGUGUGAUGUCAUGGUGGGAUUAUGGCUAUCAGAUCGCUGGCAUGGGAAACAAAACAACACUAGUAGAUAAUAACACCUGGAAUAACAGCCAUAUAGCAUUAGUUGGAAAGGCCAUGUCGUCGAAUGAGACAGCAGCGUAUAAGAUAAUGAGAGAACUGGAUGUUGACUACGUCCUUGUGAUAUUUGGUGGUGUGAUAGGAUAUUCUGGUGAUGACAUCAACAAAUUCUUGUGGAUGGUUAGGAUAGCAGAGGGAGAACAUCCAAGAGAUAUAAAGGAAAGUAACUACUUCACACCCAAUGGGGAGUUCAGGGUGGACAAAGCAGGAUCACCUACCCUACACAACUGCUUAAUGUAUAAAAUGUGUUACUAUCGCUUUGGGGAAUUACAGCUUGAUUUUCGGUCACCGGCAGGCUUUGAUCGGACAAGAGGAGUAGAGAUUGGGAAGAAAGAUAUUUCCUUUGAGCAUCUAGAAGAGGCAUACACCACGGAACACUGGCUUGUUCGUAUCUACAAGGUUAAACCACUCAGUAAUCGUGUACCCAAUGAGAAACCUCUUAAAAGAAAGGCAGGGAAGAAGAAAUAUGUUUCUAAAAAGACGGGUAAGAAAAGGCGUGGAUCCAUCAAGAACAAACCAGUAGUGAAACGAGGCAAGCGUACAAGAGGAAGUGGCAAAAAUAAUAAGAGAAUAUGAAUCUUUUCACCUUGCCAUGAUACUCCAAGAACAUUUGAUGAAUUUUCAAUACAUUUUGGGUGAAAUGGCCUUCUAGAAUUAAGUAGUUAUGGGUUAGACUUGGGUGGAAUAGUAAGAUAAGUGAUUCAACAGGAGUAUCACACCAAAAAUAAGUAGUACUUCUUGUUAUGUCUUUGUGUGUUAUGUCUUGUUGGAAAACCAAAUCAUCAUAUUUUUUCUUUCAGGAUUUUUGUCCGUUGCUGUAUUAUCCAAGCUUUCUGAAAAUUAAUGCAACCCAAGCGAAUUCUGUAAAUAUAACUAACUUAAAUAUGACUUAAUUAAGAGUCUGACUAAUUAUGCAUAAUUUCUUAGUAUUUCUCUGUAAAAAGUGUGAAUUUGAAUAUUCAUAUUUAACACCUUACUUGACAAACCAAGUACUAUUACAGAGCUCCCGGCUCUUUGUAAAACCAACAUAAUUUUUAUUAUUUGGCUUGAAGAUGUCAGAUUUAAUCCAUAAUUGUAUCAAUAAAAGAUGAUUUAUGAAGCACAUAAUAAACAAGAUACUCUCUAUCUUCUUUAAACAGUAAUAAAAUUACACAUGUAUUUAUAUAUUUCAAACAAAAUAUUUUGAAGUUUUAUGAAACCAAUCAUAAAUGUAGAACAUUACUGAUACAACAAGAAAAAUAAAACAGGAUGAUUUGAUUAAAAGGGAAGCAAAUAGUAAUGAGCAUAUGAAGGCAGGUUCUGACUUCAUGAUUUCAGAGGCUCACUGCAGGCAUCAUGGCCUAUACAGUUUUGUUAUGUCUGUUUCCUGGAGACUUUUUGUAGAUGGUGUUAAACAAUUAUUACAGGGACCCUGGGGGGAUGGCUUAGGUGAUCAUAUAUUGUACAGUGACUGUGCAGUUUUUGUCAGACAUGGGGGAGAGUUGAAACAAAUCAUACAGAGAUCGUAAGGCUACUGUAUGAUUAUGAUCUUUGUACAAGUCACUGCAUGGAAAUGGUAGAGGCUGAGGAGACCACAGUGCAAAAUGCACAAGUGCUAUACGAUUUCCACAGGGCAUCUGUACAGCUCACCCCCUUGCAAGAAAUCAUUUAACAUCUGCAGAAAAUGUGAACACAUGUGUUCUUGACCGAAUCAUAUGUGAAGCCUCAGAAAUCAUGCACAAGUCAUAGUUAUUGUAUGAUGCCCCUGUUAAAUGUGACCAUAUUGUUAAAAUGAUAAAAUCAUUGUCUCCAUUUUACUAUUGGAUCAUGAAUUAAUGAGAUGGAAUUCUAUUUUUUAGUACACUCAUUUAAUUUUCAUUUAGUGAUUCUAUUGGGAAGAUAAGUAUACCUUCCUGUAUCAGCUUGACAUUUUCCUUCAAUGAAAAACAUGUAUUGACUUUUGUUAAUGCAAGUUGGACUAGGGCAAGACUGUGUUCAACCAAGAAAGGCUUAAGCAAGCUUCAUGCUUGUCAAGACAAUCUUAGAAGUAGUUUUGUGUGGUGAGAUCUGCUGACUAUACUAAAUAUGCUAGAUUAAAUUUGGCUAGUUCUGAAGACAUGAACCAACCAGAUGAGCAUUAAACAUAAUUUGGUAACAAUUCCUGUUAUGAUUUUUAUUCUUAAGUCAAAGGGUGAUUUCAAGGACACUGUUGGUGUUGGUAUUGAGAGCGUGAAAAGGCUGCUGGAAGGUUCAGAUGACAUCCCACCUCAUUUGCCCGAUCAUCUCGACUUCAAUAUACAUCUAAGCUUUGUCACGGGUUUCAUGAUAUCACACUAUCAUAUAAUAGGAAGAAUCUAAAAGAUUUCAUUAUACUGUAUAUCAAGAGAGAAAGUAAACCACUGAUUUUGUAUUGCAAUGUGUUGUUAUGUUAUGUUUUACAUGGUUUCUAAAAUCAAUUUGCUGUUUACAAGGAACAUUUGUUUUGUUUUGUUUGUUUGUUGGUUGUGUUUUUUGGGGGGGGCCUUUUAAAAAACAUGCAAAGACAAAUCUGUAGUUACACAUUUCACAAGAUAUACUGACAAUAGUAAUGUGACUUACAAACAGCUUUAUGAAACACCCGCCAGGGAGUGUUUCACAAAGAUUUAAGUAUGACUUAAAGUCGCACUUCAAUGUCGACGCUUACAUGAUGUGCAACGCGCCAUGUUAUUGAUCAAUACCCAAAAGUGCGCGUUUCCUUGGCAUGAUCUCACCAUUGCAUCCAUGCCUGUUAUACCACUUGCAACUAUGCAUUUAAUUCAGACUCUUAAAUCUUGUGAAACACCCCCUGCUCUUUUCCAUAGAAAGCCGAUGGUAUACUAAUCAGGUCCAGAGUAUUUUGUUUAGUGACUUGGAAAUCAAUUCAUCAUUUAUAAAAUGUAGAAGUUGCUCCAGCUUCAUUGAAAAUUUUAAUAAAUAAAGUUCAUUGCACUGUCAUGUUAGACUAUGUACUGCACUGUUGGGUGUCAAAACCUAUGUCCAGAAGUCAAGAAUUUUUUUUUUUAAAUGGAUGAUUAAAGAUGAGUAUCUGUAUAUUUUGAACUCAAAUUUUAGUGAGUUAUGAAAAUAGAGCUUUAUUAUUUGUUGAGUCUAAUAUGAUGUGAUUAGCUGUCUCCAACUACUGUAGCCAUAGUAGAGUGCAAUUGUUGCCAUCUUUUGUUUUUUUUAAUAUCACAUUCUUUCUCUGCUUUUAUUUUUGUUUUUGUUGCACUGUUCAUAAGUUGGGAUGGUGGAUGUAUAAAUGAUCCAAGAUGUCGCCAGACAUCAUUCAUAUUGAACACUCUUAAAAUCUGUUGCUGAUUCAUAAAUGACAUUGUGAUAAUCACACCACGAAACCUAUUGUCAGACUUUUUCAAGUCUAAAAAGACUUUUAAAAUCUUGGAAUUCUAGUCAUUAACAAAAUUUAGAUGUACAACUAUGUUGUAGUGCAUGUCUUCUUUGUUGAAUUUUUAUUAACGUGACAGUCUGAAAAUCUCUUGAUUACAAUUCAUUUAGACAUGUGGCAGUCAAAUAUUUUUUUCUUAAAAUUCUUCCCAGAUUGUUCUUGAAAAAUUCUAUAAGCACUUUCACCGCUAGACAUCAACAAUUGUUUGAUGAUCUUGAUACUACAACUGUAAUUAUGUUUGUUGAUUAUUUGUACUGGUAGCAGAGUAAUCUGUAAUCAUUUUUGUAUCGAUAUUCAUUUCUGUUUUAUUACUUCUUGUAUCUGAAAUCAUUGUAAUGAUUAGGAGAUUUCUACUUUGUUACCCUUGUUUUAUUACUUUCUUCACAUGUCGGAAAUGAUAUCAUUAUGUAAGUUAUUCAUAUUACACCCUCAGGGUGAGAAGAAAAAAAAUUAUGAAAAAAAAUGAAUGGUGGUUGAUGGCUAUUUUUCAUGUAUCUGUGAAUGUAACAAAUGGGAUAUUGUCAUCUUAAUAUUUUCUCUAUUUUAUGGAUGUGAUUUACUUCUAGUACGAGACAAAUGUCUUGGUAUGGGUUCACUCCUACUUGGCCUACAACCAUUUGGAAGCUUUGACAUUGUCAAACUCAACUUGGCAUUCUUCAUUUGGUCUUUGUACCACUUCAUCCAAUUCCCAGUUUGCCUAAUACUCAGUAAUCUGUCUCAUAUUUAGUGUAGUCUGAACUCUGAAGUACUUGGGUUAAUUUUCAGUUCA